GUUUAUACAUGUAACCACCUCCUGCUUUUGUUGUGAAGCUGUUGUGUGUUUGUGGAACACUUUCUGCAUUUCUUUUCUUCGAUUCGUCACGAGAAGUUCAAAUGUUCUAAGUUUUUUCCACUUAUUUCAACAGUUUCUCCCAUACACUAGUCUGUCGAAUAAGAUCGAACGGGUUACAAAUUUCGUGAUCAAUCAUUUACUUCGUGCGUGUCGGUGCGUUGUCAUAUCACGGCUGCCUGCCUACAGCAAACAAACAACGACUACGGACUGCCUCGUAUUGAAUCGUGAAAUAUAUCGUCUUUCAACGCAUUUAUAUCCCAGACCGCGCUGUGAAAGUUGUUUGUGCUCGUGUUGCAAGAACGUACCAUUUUCCAACAAGUGCGAGUAUCUUUACUUUCUCCGCAAGGACGGUUUUUGUGGUAGAAAGUAGUGCGUUUCUCGAUCCCCUUGGUACUAUCAACAACGCCACAAUGCGCAUCACCGUGAUGGAUGCUAACUCCUCGGACAUGUCCACGUUCGAGGUGGCCGAUGAUAUGGAGCUGGAAAAUCUGAUCGCCCUUUGCCGAAUGGAGUUCAACAUACCGGCCCACCUGGAGCUGGUACUGUCGGCAAAACAGCAAAUGCUGCUGGACCAGAAACAAACGCUCACGCAUUACGAUGUCAAGGAUGGCGAUAUGUUACUGCUCCAUAAGACUCCCGCCUCACAGCCACCUGGGGCAACAACGGGUGCUUCAGCAGCCCGAGCCCGUCCAAUGAUGCCAGCGCCAGGGAACAGGGAAGAACCAGCGGUGUUGGCCAAUCUGGACUUUAGCUCGAUUCAAGUACCUACCUCGAUUCGAUCCGGUACCGGUGGUAACGGUGGCAAUGGUUCCUCCACUGGAUUAAACCGCCCUUCCCCAUCGGUCGGUCUCGAGGAUGAUCCAGCAGUGGUGCGCGAAAUGUUUCUAUCGAAACCGGACCAGCUGGCGUUGCUGAAGCAAAAUAAUCCCCGCUUAGCCGAGGCAUUGCUUUCGGGCAACCUGGAAACCUUUGCCACCGUACUGCGGAAGCAGAUCGCCGAACGGAUGGAGAAACAGCAGCAACGGCUCCGGAUACUGCAGGCCAGUCCGUUCGAUGCGGAAGCACAGCGGCUGAUCGCGGAAGAAAUCAAGCAGAAAAACAUCGAAGCGAACAUGGAGGCAGCGAUGGAGUACAAUCCGGAAACGUUCGGUACGGUCGUGAUGCUGUACAUCAACUGCAAGGUGAACGGACAUCCGGUAAAAGCAUUCAUCGAUUCGGGCGCACAGGCCACGAUAAUGAGCGCGGCUGCCGCAGAACGCUGCAACAUUAUGCGGCUGGUCGAUACCAGAUGGGCCGGCAUUGCAAAGGGUGUCGGCGUGCAACGCAUUAUCGGCCGGAUCCAUAUGGUGCAGAUACAGAUCGAGAAGGAUUUCCUCACGUCCAGCUUUUCGGUGCUGGAGGAGCAACCGAUGGAUAUGUUGCUUGGGCUGGACAUGCUCAAGCGCCACCAGUGUAACAUCGAUCUGAAGAACAAUGUGCUGCGCAUUGGAACGACCGGCACGGAGACACCGUUCUUAGCGGAAGGUGAUCUACCGGAAUGUGCCCGGUUGACCGGUAGCCCCGAGGAGGAGAAACGUGCCCUGGCCGAAUCGGCGAAACUGGCGGAAGAGCUGGCCAUAAAGGAAGCGCUAAGCAAGAGUCAAACCGAUCAAGCUUCGACGAGCGGUGCCGGCAGCAGUGGCAGUAACGUCACACUCACAACAGAACCAUCUCCAGCGAGCAGUGAUGCAAGGAAAGCACCACCGGCAUCGGCACCGGAACCAAUGCAGGAAGAUGUGGAACCACCGCUGACGCUUCUGCCAACCGAUCGAUUCAGCGAAAUGGAUGUAGUGGAACUGGAAUCGAUGGGCUUCAAGCGUCAGAUGGUGAUUGACGAACUUCGGGCCGCUAACGGUGACAAAACGAAGGCCACCUCGGGUCUGUUUGCGAAACUAGGGUAAUGCAAGCACACAUCCCCGAGACGACAAUAGCAGCAGGUUGUGUUGUAGCUUCGCGUACACUGCCGGAAGCAUCUGUAAUCACUCAGGCAAACAGGGGAAUCGCUUUUUUAAAAAAACACGUGUGCACCGUUUUACCUGCAACGAUCGCGACUGUUCUGUGUCUUUUUUUUGAGCACAUUCAUUUAUUUUUCGUGUCCUCUUCGCUGCAUUUCCCUCUUCGUGAACUGAUUCGUAUAAUGUUCCGUAUUUGUA